UUGUUUUUUUUUUCCCCAUAUUUUUUCCCUCUCGUUGAAACCAUAAAACCAACGAGUUACAGUAAACCCUAGAAAUGGCGAUUGCAAGAACUGGGGUGUUCGUCGAUGACUAUUUGGAGUAUGCAAGCACAUUGCCGGCAGAGCUUCAGAGGCUUCUCAAUACCAUACGAGAACUCGACGAACGGUCCCAAUCCAUGAUAAAUCAGACGAGGCAGCAGACGAAGUACUGCUUGGGGUUGUCCUCUCAGAGCUCAAAGAAAGGGAAUCCUGAAGAAGAUGAGGUCGCAUUUGAAAAAAUGAGAAAAGAUAUUGAGGCAAAUCAGGACAAUGCACUGAGCCUGUGCACCGAGAAAGUUUUAUUGGCACAACAAGCGUUUGACCUUAUAGAUAGCCAUGUGAAGCGUCUUGAUGAGGAUCUGACCAAUUUUGCAGAAGAUCUAAAGCAAGAGGGUAAAAUAUCACCAGAUGAGCCAGCAAUCCUUCCACCAUUACCUAUAGUCCCAAAAAAUGAAAAACGCAAGUUCCUUUAUGGAACACCUCAACCAAAGAGGGUAGAUUAUAGAGACAGGGAUUGGGAUCGAGAGCGUGAUAGGGAUUUUGAGCUGAUGCCACCCCCAGGAAGUCAUAGAAAGGAUUUUGCCACUCCCCUUGAUGUUGAUCAACCCAUUGAUCCAAAUGAACCCACAUACUGUGUCUGCCAUCAGGUAUCCUUUGGAGACAUGAUUGCCUGUGACAAUGAAAAUUGCCAAGGAGGCGAAUGGUUCCACUACUCAUGUGUUGGGCUCACACCAGAGACCAGAUUCAAAGGAAAGUGGUAUUGUCCAACCUGCAGGCUAUUACCGCAGCCCUGUUGAGUUGCUUCAGCAGAUGACACAGGCAGUGCUGUUUUCAAUAUUUUUUUGCAUGGCGAAGAGAACUCAGGACAAAAAGUUCUGAUUUAUGAUGUGUAUUCAAGGCCUGGGAAAUCUGUUAUUUUUUUCUGCUGGCUGUGGAAUUGAUUACUGGGAGGGUCACUAAUUUCAACAUCAAUGGAGAGGGGGAAGAAAAGGAAAAUGUUUCUGGCCUUCAGGGGAUUUGGUAGACUGGUAGUCACUUCCCUACUCUGUUAUUCCCUUAUUCCAAUUGACGCUGUUCGAUUAAAACUUGAAGCAGCUGUAGCCUGUACUUAGGAAAGCAUUUGGAUGUGGUUUAGAAAAAGGUAGCUAAUACUAAUAUAAUAUUUGGCAGGGCAGUAGUAUGGAUCAAAAUUACCAGUGUUCAUUCAUUCUGUUCAA